AUGAGGAUUAGCAGGAAGGCGGCUAUUGGCUAUUUGAUUAGAAGCGCGCGUUUGUUUAGUGAAGCCUGGCGAUGCGCACCAACCGUUGUCUUCUCUCCACGGUUGGAUUACACGCUCGUCAGGUACGUACAUUUAGCACUACGGCUACUAUCAUCUGCAAUUAACUGACGGUUGGAUUACACGCUCGUCAGUCUCUUAUUACGAUGGAUGAUCCGAGAGCCUAAAAAAUAAUAAAACGAGAGCUAUCCGGGCGUAAGGCCAUCUUGCGCACGGAAUCGAAAUCGGAAGGUUGACGUCGAGACCUAGCGAGACGGCAGGAGACGGCCGCCUUAAUUACACGGAGCGAGAUGGCCGCUUUACACUCUUUCUCCGGCCCCUCACCAGCCCUCACCCCGCUUUUCCCGACUUCGUAUGCCCUGUUGUCUCUCGCUCGAAGCGUCGACUGGUCAAUUUACGUGUUUCCUCUUUCCACUCGAUCUGGGAGCUUUCUCGCCGCCAAAUCUCAUCGGAACUUUGGAACCGUUCAUCGAAACGGCCUUCGAGGAUCUACGGGUGUCUACCCAGGUGUCCAAUGGUCGCCUUGUAUCUUUGUAACAACACCCAAGGGGGUUUUGGUGGGUAUAGUCGUUUCUGUUGCAGGAUCAAGUCCUACGCUACUGGCCUAGCCAGUGUGCUUUAG